AUGAGUGAGGCCAGCGGAGCGCAGUGCCUCUCUCGCAGGCUGAUUUUGGCUGCUUUCGAGCUUGUUUUUGUUUUCAGGCUGGGGGCCCAACCCCCUCAGAGCACAGAGGCGGCGGGCGGGCGCCCACUGACCGAGAGAUCAAAAACGCUCGGCCCCGCCAUCAAACGAGAGCAGGGUAGACCCAGGGUAGACCCGGGGACGGGGGAGUCGGAGCAGACGGCAUCGGCCGCCGAGGGAACGGCAGACGACGGGGAGGUGGAGCAGACGCGCAGGGCGAGACGAGGGAGGGAGCAGGACUUUGCGGAGAUCAGCAGGAGGAUGUACGAAGAGAUUAGGAGCAGCAGGGACCCGAGGGACCAUGAGGUGCUCGAGAAGCACCGCACGCCACGACGACACAUUGACUACGGGUUGCUCAAAGAGCGCAUCCGAAGCGGAGUCUCGCGCAAGCGUUUCGAGCAGUUGCUCGCUGAUGAGGUUCGCGCUGUCGACGGCGAGUUGCAGGCAAUGCAGGCGAGUGCAAGCAGCCUGAGUGUGCGCGAGGUGCAUUCGUUUGCGGUCCUGAAUUACCUGGCGCUUCGCAAAAUCGAGAAGAAGGCGGACAAGUGGUUGGCGGGAUCCAGCAGUGGCUCGCUUGUCUCGCAAUCCCGCCUCUGCAUGCUGCUCCUGAAUGCUUCGCUUCCGGUCGAGCUUGCACGCGCGCAGCGAGGCGAGGAGGUGGGGUGCAGCGCGAGCACAGGGGGUGGGUGCGAGGAGAACUGCCCCGUUUGCCUCGACGCCUACAAUGCGACGGAUCACAUCGUCCUGACUCAGUGCGGACACCGCUUCUGCUACUCGUGCAUGGCGGAGUGUGCCCUCGCCGGCUUCGAGAGCUGCCCCGUCUGCCGGAAACCGCAGUCGCUCGACCCAACGCUCGCCGCGAUCGACAAGCUCCUCGGCACACAUGCGGGAGGCAA